UAACUUCGGGUGUUAAAAUUUAGUUCACGCUUUGAUGUUUAACACAUUCGUGUGUACAGGAAAUGUAGUAAAUGGAUAUAGAAUCCUCCCUACUGCAUCCACACCAUUACACAAUUGAAGAAUGGCUUCAAGAUUUGAAUUAAAAGCAACAGCCAUUGCGACAACGGCUUCAAAGAUAGCUAUUGUAGAAGACCCAACAUCUUAUGGUGCACUAGGUAUUCCUUUAUCUGAAGACGAAACUGUUCAACUAGAUCCAGAUGCAAGUGAUCACGGUUUGGUUUGUAAGCCCCAUUCAGAGAAUGGCCAUCAAAAUCCUCUGUCAAAUGAGACAAUAGAAAGAGACGCAUGGCCUCUUAAUGGUAGAUCAGCUGAGGAUAAUUUACAUGAUGAAAAUGUAUUGAUCGCUACCCGAUUGGAUAGAAGUGAAAUUGAUACACUGAACCCUUGGUCUUUCACAGAUCUAAAUACGCAGCGACUUCUUGUAUUUAAGGGUCAUGGUGAAUUAUCGUCUGAUUUAUCAAAAGAUAGUAAGUGUUACUUGGUUCCAUCUUCCAGCAUUUCCGAAAAACCUGUUCCAAAAGGAAGUAUUGCAAUUCCCAUGUAUUUAAUAGUGGAACAACCAGAGUCAACGCCUGGGACUUACGACGUGUCGUGGAAUAGUAGAAUAGACAGUCCAAGCAAACCGCAGCCAGAAUGUGCAGUAACUUCAAGUGACCCCUUUAUCUCAUUCUCAUCAGAAAACAAUGAGGCGCGUGCUUGCGAUGAAAGUGAACUACCAGAAAACAAGAAGAAAACGAAAGGCAAAAGUUUAACAUUCCCCCCGUGCCAGGUUUGCGAAGGGGUGUCUUCAGGAAUACAUUUUGGUUGUUAUACAUGCGAGGCGUGUAAGAACUUUUUCCGAAGAUGUUUGAAAAGAAAACGCGAGGAAAACAUAGGAUUGAAAAAGUCGAGGGAUAUUUUCACGUGUCCUGCAAACAAAAAAUGCGACACAACGCAUGGAACUGCCAAAAUUAAUUGCUCUGCUUGCCGCUUCGACAAAUGCCUAAACUUAGGUAUGGCGACUGAAAAAGUUAAAAAGGGACGAAUAUCUUAUGCCCAAAGAACUGAGACAAUUAAACAGGUGCGAAUGCUUGAGGGGAAAGAGGUGAUUGUCUCGCCGAAUGAAGCUUCCACUAGGGCUACAGCUGGUACUGAUAAGAAUUCUACAGUUUCUACCGCUUUAGAUAUGUGUGAGGCAAUGCUUUCGAGAAAUAUAAGCAAAUUACAAGACCAGUGUGAAAAUGUACGUGUGUCAGCAGACCUUGUGGAAAGCCUGGUUCAGAAUAUGGAUAAAAUGAAAAUUAUGGGAGAGGAAAUGUCGAUAGCAGAAGUACGGGAGGCGAGAAUUAAAGAACAUUACGAAAACUACAUGACAAAAGUAGCUAUGUUUGGAUCUAUGAGUGGUGUGUCAAAAGACGAAUAUCACAACCUUCUGAAAAACUACGAUAUUGACCUAGAUGAUCAAUGGAAGGUGUUCAAGGAUUUCGCUCUUAAUUUGGAGUCAGUUAUUGGCCGUUAUUGCAGAUUCGCCAAACAACUUCCAAAUUUCGCUAAACUGUCUUUAAAUGAUCAAGUAUCUCUUCUGAAGCACACGCAUUGUGACUUUUUCAUAUUGAUGCUACACAAGGGCUACAAGCCGGAAUACAACAUCUUCCUGGAACUAAAUGGGCUGAUUUACCACGUGGAGGAGGCAUCGGACCGACUCCUGUCCAGAAACUCCGUGUCUCUUAUGGUGCAGAUGUUUGACCGGCUUCAUAAACUCAACCUUACGGACGGAGAAACGGCCUUAGUUGGAGCUAUCAUAACAAUGUCGUCGGACCAGUGUGAGCUGGAAAAUUCAACGUUAGUAGAAAGCACUCAGUUGGACUUGUGUAAUUUAUUAAGGCAAAACAUGAAAGAUUUGUAUGGUGAACGAAAUGGUUCAAUCCGUUUCGCGAAAAUUGUUGACCGCUUGACGACUUUGCGCGAGGUGUCAGUGCAGUAUUACAAAGACUACAGGAGUAUUUGUGAGGACAAACUAGUUCAAAAAGAAACCCCAUUGUUUGAUAUUCUACUUCCUGACAACGACGUUUAAUUGUUUCGUUUAUUUUAUUCACCUUCAAAUGUACUCGUUUAUGAAUGUGAAGAUAUCAAGGUCUUUUUUCUGUGUUUAUAAAUAAGGAUAGGCUCACUUAAUAUUACCAGUUCUUAGAAGUGACUUAAAUGCGUCUGUAUUGAGAUUAUUUGUCUUUGAAUAGCAGAACAGUUGUUUUAAACAUUUGAAAUGUGUUAACUUUCAAAUUUUAAAGGGAUUUUUUGAAACAUUUGAUAAAAUGACACCGAUGUCAUAGAUUAAACAAGAAAUAUCUUUAAAAUAGAUAAACGGCGUUGAUAGUUCAAUGAAUGAGAUCAAUGAUAGCGAAUGUCUUUUUCUGUGCAGUUCUUAGCUACAUCACACGCCGUAAGGGAUGUUACGCGUAGUUUUCGCGGCUUAUUUUACAUUAUUACAUAUUGCUGGUCAUAAACCUUUAGAUACAAAACAGAAAACCAAAAGAAGAAUGGAAGUUAAACUAAAACAUAUGAGUCAACCGGCCACACGCGAAGUAUCCGUAUUUAUAGGCGCGUUCUUCGAACAAACCUGUUUUAGUGGUAUGUCGGACAUUGCUAUAUGAUUCGAUUAUUAACAGUUUCGAGAAUCAUCGCGCUCAUGCUUAAUACAAUAGUCAAUAUGGUGGAAUAAUUAUUGUUAAAUUAAUCUAAAAUAAUAUUUAUCAUUGUAUUGUUGAAAACACAUUAAUAAUCUAUUAUUGACAUAUCUUAAUUAUAUUGCUGAAUAUCUUCAUUUAACAUAUUUCUGGUCUAAAGAAAAUUCCAGGUCACCUAGUUCACGGAUAGAGUCUUUAUUAUAUAACGAUUAUUUUACUGGCUGCGAACUCCGGUGAUAAACUGUAUAUAAACUCUGACUUUCACACACUGGCCGCGAAUUUACCCGAAACCUCGCGAGUUGAAAUGCAAUGCAUUAAAGUGAGGCCUCGCUUCCACUGCUCUUUAUACUUUUACAUGUUGACAUGAAUAUGAAAGUAAGUACUAAAUAUGAGAACAUAGCCUUUAGUAUAAACGCUUUUGCGCUGGUAAUUCUCUGAAAAUAAAAGGUGCACGCACAAACUGUAUUUAUGUCGAGAAUUGAUUGUAAAACUGUUCUAUCUAUUGAGCCUUUUCAUUAGAGAUAAAAUUGUUUCAUGCAGUAUCACAGUGUUACAAAGACGCGGAUAUGUUUCCAAUUUUUUGGUGUUAUACUCAAAUCAGCCAAUGGAAUAAAUGAAGUGUAUUCAUUCGUACCUAGUCGCGGGAAAUUUUAUUUGAAUAUUAUUGGACACUUACAAAGGUCAGGUCAGGUGAAAAGCUGGCUUAAUACAGCACGCCGAAAAAAUACAUUAAUUUCACACAAGACAAUUAUCACUAAUAACGGAGAAACAAAUCGUAAAGUAAAUGGAUAAUUAUAAAAAGAAAUAAGUAAAAACAAGUUAUUUUACAUUACACAUAAUCGCUGUGUAUCCCCUUGUGGUUGAACGUUGUGCCUACUAAUAAAUAUUUCAUUUUCU